CACGAAAUAGCCAGUCCUAGAUCUUUGUUAUUCACAUCAUAGUAAUGGAGGAACUUUUGAUCCUUUCCUACUGCGAUCUGUAAAUAUUUGUAGAGUUCUUGUGUAAUUGCGCAUCAUUUAGAAACACGCUACCCUCAACGACUCCGGAAAAACAAUUCAAAUCGCUACAAAAGCUGCCUUAUUGUCUCGUGAAUGCUUCGUGAGUCGUUGACCUGUUUUUUUACAAAAUUCCGUUAUUCUUCACGUAUGAUCUCAAUGCCGUUGCUAAGACCCAUCGGCAACGAAUUAAAAUGUUCUUAAAAUUGCAACACAACAAAUUCCACUGUUAAAUGAGAUCGUGAACGUAUUUGUCCAGGCCUUUCUUCGCAUGUAGGUUAUUCUAUGAGUCAGAGCUUCUUUAUCGUUCUUCAACAGCGCAAAUAGACGAUUCUUAUCAAAAGGCUCAAAGUUUGCGAAAAUAGAAAGUCUUGAAAGUGGCAUCCUAUUGAAGCUACCACUUCUGUGAAAGGUUGCACAUAUAAGCCAGGCUAUAUUCAAUAUAGUUUCAAAUUAUUAAAUUUUUGUAUGAGUCAAAAGGUAGAAAAACCAGUCUUAUCCGGUCAACGUAUCAAGACCAGAAAAAGAGAUGAAAAGGAGAGAUAUGAUCCAACUGGGUUUAGAGACGCAAUAAUCUCUGGACUGGACAAAUGUUCUAAUGAUUUUGAAGCAAUUUCACGAUAUUUGGACGGUGCAGGCAAUAAACUAGAUUAUCGUCGAUAUGGAGAGUGCCUUUUCGACAUACUUAUCGCCGGAGGCAUUUUGGUACCGGGGGGCAGUUUGUCUCAGGAAGGUGACGGCCCGCACAAGACGGAGGCGUGUAUUUUCAACACCCCGGACGAGAUCAACAUGGAAAUGAUGAAGAACUGGGAACAGGUCUUUAUCAAACUUAUGCGACGAUACAAGUACUUGGAGAAGAUAUUCCAGGAUGAAAUAAAGAAGGUGUUGGUGUUCGUGAAGUACUUCUCGCUCUCUGAGCGCAAAAAGCUCUCCGUGAUGGUCUACCUGUGGAUCGCGAACGGCAGCGUCCCGUUCAACGCGAUCGUCGUCCUCAACAAUUCCCACUUGGUCAAAGACAACCUCGCGUUGGACUUCAUCAUCGACAUCUUCAAGGUGUGGCGGCAAGAGAAGGGCGUCAACUCGCUCUAUUCGGCCAUAAAGAAAUCGAAUAUCGAAUCUCACCUGACCAGUUUCAUACCGGACACGAAACAGUCCCAGCUGUAUUUCCGCAACGCGUUUCUGGACAACGGGCUGGACGAGAUCCUGAAGCUGUACAACGACCAGCAUCAGCAGCAAGCGAAAAAGGAGUUGCAGCGAUUGCUCGCCGACAAUCUGGCGGAGAAUAAGCAGUUGAAGGAUAUCAUCGCCGAGAUCAAGGAGACGGCACAGAGAGAGAAUAUCCAAGAGCACGAAACCGUUUGCAUCAUAUGGACGACCGUUAUGGAUUUGCCCGAGUGGUCUAAGAAAGAGGAACUGGUGACUGACCAAGCCGUAAGGCACUUGAAAUAUUACACUUCCCUAUUCGAAGCUUUUACCCAAUCAGCAAGGGCUGAACUCAGCCUGCUACUGAAGAUUCAGGACUACUGUUACUCAAAUAUGACGUUUAUGAAAGCAUUUCAGAAGAUUGCGAUGCUUUUCUAUAAAACGGACGUUAUCUCCGAACAGACCAUACUUAAAUGGUAUAAACAAGACUACAACGUCAAAGGAAAGAUGAUGUUCGUGGAGCAAAUGAAAGAAUUCAUCGAUUGGCUGCAGAAUGCGGAAGAAGAGAGCGAUUCCGACGGUGAUAGUGAUUAGGUGAUAGAGGAACUAAAAUCAGUGCCACCAACAACUCCAACCAACAAAAUAAAAUAAAAAAAAAACACUAAGCAAACUGGAUAUCGGGUAACAUUUUUUCCGAUGUAUUGAAAUUAUGUGACGUUAUUGUGUAAAAAUUAUAUAUGUAUUUCUGGUGCCUUACUCUUGUGUCAGCGUAAAUCGUCGUGGCUUGUGCCAGCAGGCAGCAAUAGGUUCAUGACUACAUUGGGACUCUGCGAAAUUGACGACACUUGUAAUUAUGAAUUUUGUCAAAACAAUAUUCUAGUAAAUCAGUAAAUGGAAAUAGUGUAGUAUAUUAUUAUAUUUGAUGCAUCGGAAAAAAUGUAAUUUGGAAGUUAUUAUAUUAUAGAAUGCCAACAUAGACAGAAGCAGUUACAAAAUUCACUGUUAUAUAUCAUUGUCGAUUUUUUCAAUAUACAGAAGAAUUUUAAUCUACCAAGUUUUCAUUCUUCCACGUCGAUGUAGAAUUUCUGAUAUAACGUCUUUGGAAUACUAUCAAAAUAACAUCCGUUUAUAUUUUUCACAACUUUGUCGGGUUCUUCUGGAAAUUUCAAGAUAUCAUCAAAGGUAAGUUUAUUUAGUAUUUAAUGCGUCGUAUCAUUUUUAUGAUAAGGUGGAUUUAUUGGGAAGUAUAACCAUAACAUUUUUUAUUUGGGCUCUUCGGAAAAAAAAUUGCGUACGCCCAUGGUGAUUGUUAGGAUAAUUAUCAGUAGUUUCUGACGUAUCCGUCAACGUCAGGUAGACGGUUUGACGACACUCGUAAUUAUGAAUUCUGUCAAAACAAUAUAGUAAAUCGGUAAAUGGAAAUAGUGUAGUAUAUUAUAUUUGAUGCAUCGGAAAAAAUGUAAUUUGGAAGUUAU